AUGACUAGAGCUAAAAUAGAACUUGGCGACGUGACUCCCCAUAAUAUAAAACAGCUGAAGAAGCUUAAUACAGUGGUUUUCCCAGUGUCUUACAAUGAUAAAUUCUACAAGGAUGUUUUGGAAGCUGGUGAACUCGCUAAGUUAGCAUAUUAUAACGAUAUCGUCGUGGGAGCAGUAUGCUGUAGAAUAGACACGUCGGAAAACUCUCGAAGACUGUAUAUCAUGACCUUGGGAUGCUUAUACCCUUACAGAAGACUUGGCAUUGGUACUCUGAUGGUAGAACAUGUGCUCAAAUAUGUUGAACAGGAUGGCAAUUUCGACAGUAUUUUCUUGCAUGUCCAGGUGAACAAUGAGGGUGCAAUAGAUUUUUAUAAGAAGUUUGGAUUCGAAAUUGUUGAGACUAAAGAGCAUUACUACAAACGGAUAGAGCCAGCAGAUGCACACGUCUUACAAAAAACGAUCAGAGCGCCACAACCUCCAAUACCUUUACUCAACGGAUCAGUACCACAUGCGAAGACAAAUGGACAUGAUUGA